CAUAGGCACGCCAAUAGCACACAGUCGACGUGUUAAUUUGCUACUGCAUAUUUAUUUUCGUCUCUUACUUUGUUCCUCUCCACUCUGCAACAAGCUCCCCAAGGAUACUCCCUCACUCGUCGCCAUUCUCUUGAUCGCUCUCUAAAGCAAUGUAUUCAAGAAGAGAGCUGGAUGAUCUGGAGUACAGAUACUACUCUGAAAUGAAAGAUGGCUCUCGCAAGGUCAAGAUCUCUGACUCUCUCUUCCGGUGUCCCUUCUGCUACAUUGACCGCAAGCGUGACUACACCUUUGACGACUUGCUCCGUCAUGCUUCUUACAACAUUACCGCCUCUAGUUCCCGCACUAAGGAUGGCCGAGAAGUAGCUAGACAUCUCGCACUUGAGAGGUACAUGAAGAAGUAUCUCCGCCCUCUCGAAACACCACAUGGUACAGAGGAGUUAACUCGAAACUGGAUAGCUGCUUCAUCAAGUUCUGCUCCAGGGGAACUGAGUAGCAGCAUUGUCAAAUCCACUUCACCACGUUGUUUCGCUGAAGCUGAACCUAAGUCUAUCUCAGGAGGAGAUGUUUCUGGACCAAACGGUGAUGAAAGACCGGUUCCUUCCAAGAGAGCUUGCCUCAAUGCUGGUGCUAAAGAGGGAGAAGAACCUGCCCAACAGAUUGUUGCUCCAAGAUAUCCUCAGAGGCGUGAUCAUUUGGCUGCUGGUAACGACGAUGUGAUGUUUGUGCAUCCAUGGAAAGGGAUCUUGGCCAACAUCAGUAGAAGUUUUAAUGAGAAAACAGGCAAGUUCGCUGGGGAGAGUGGAAGCAAAAUAAGAGAAGAACUGAUUAGCAAAGGGUUCAAUCCCCACAAAGUCGAGCCGCUGUGGAACGGCAGAGUCGGUUUCACUGGAUUUGCGCUUGUCUACUUCGGUAGAGACUGGGACGCUUUCAGGAACGCAACCAUGUUUGAGAAUCAUUUCGAGGUGAAUCAGUGUGGGAAGAGAGACUAUGAUGCUGCACGGGAUCGUGGUGAUGAACUGUAUGGUUGGAUAGCAAAAAGGGAGGACUACUACUCGAGAACCGUUGUUGGUGAGCACCUGAAGAAGCAGGGUGACUUGGUGACUGUUUCUGGUAAAGAGGCAGCAGAACAGAGAAAGGCAAUGUCGCUUGUCUCCAACUUGGAAACCACACUGGAGACCAAAAGCACUAACCUUGAAGAAAUAGAGAGCAAGUACAAAGAAACCAGUACUGCGCUUCAGAGAAGUAUGAGGGAGAAGGAUGAAAUGAUCAACGCACAUAAUGAAAAAAUGAGUAGUAUGCAGAAAAAGGCGCGUGAUUAUUUGGCGAGUGUCUACAAUGAACAUGAAAAGGCAGCUCAGCAUCUGGAAGCUCAAAGGAAAGAGUUUGAAGAGAGGGAGAGAUAUCUUGAUAAAUGUCAGUCACUGAACAAAACUGAGCUACGAAAGCUUAAGUGGCAAAAGCAGAAGAACUUAAUGGCUACUGAAGAGCAAAACAAAGCUGAUGAAGAAAUGACGAGAUUGGCAAAACAGCAACAGAGGGAGAAAGAUGAGUUACGUGAGAGAGUCAAAAAUCUGGAGAAGAAACUAGAUGAUGAACUGGCACUGGAGCUGGAGAUAGAGAGAAUGAGGGGUGGACUGCAGGUGAUGGGACACAUGGAAGAUCCUGAUAUGAAGGAAGAGAUUGAAAAGACUAAAGAAAAACUCAAGGAGAAGGAAGAGGAGUCUGAAUUCCAAGAGUCACUCUAUCAAACUCUUGUUGUCAAACAUGGCUACACCAACGAUGAGCUUCAGGAUGCUCGCAAGGCUUUGAUCAAAUCAAUGCAAGAGUUGGGAGUACGUGGUCAGAUCUCAGUGAAGAGAAUGGGAGCUUUGGAUGAGAAACCAUUCCAGAAACUAGCUAAAGAGAGAUAUCCAGCAGAAGAGGCUGAUGUAGAAGCUGCAAAGCUUUGUUCCUUAUGGGACGACCACUUGAGAGACUCGGCUUGGCAUCCGAUUAAGGUCAUCCAGAUAGACGGAAUCCACAAGGAGGUGCUGAAUGAGGAAGAUGAGAAGCUGAAGGAACUGAAGAAAGAGCUGGGUGAUGAAGUGUUUGAAGCAGUGACACAAGCGCUCAUGGAGAGGAACGAGUAUAAUGGAAGUGGGAGGUACAUAGUGCCUGAGCUUUGGAACUUCAAAGAAGGAAGAAAGGCGACUCUCAAGGAAGGUGUGGUUUAUCUGAUGAAUUUGUGGAAGCACCUGAAGCCAAAACCCAAGCGUAAGUAACAAGCAGCUGAAAAAGAAACUGAAACCGAGGUUGUUGCUAAUAAGUUGAUACUCCUAUUAAGACUGAGUUUUUAUGAUUAUUUACCCCCACAAGACAAGAGUAGAGAGACAGUUAUUAAGGUGAGAUCCUGGACGCAGAUACGUUUAAUAUUAAUGAUGCUUGGUUUAUUACUUCA